AUGAAUCCCGCGACCUACCCACCUAAAGAUCGUAUUCCGGACGUAGACUCUCCUCAAGUCAAAGCCUGGAUUGCGGAAAUUGACUGGUCCAAGGUGCCCAAUAUUCCUGUGGCCAAGGGUCUGCCGGAUGUGCCUCAUUUUCCCCAAUGUCCUCCUGACGAUCAAUUGGACCGCUCCGCUUGCUGGUGGACCUGCGCAGGAUGUGUGGCCGAGACGGAUAUCGUGACCUGUCGCAAUCAGAACGCAUGGGGGUUGACGUAUGAUGACGGCCCCAGCCCAGCUACAAGGCAAAUGAUGGAAUUCUUGAGCGAGAAGAAAUUGACGGCGACGUUCUUCAUUGUCGGAAGUCGUGUUAUCGAAUACCCAGAUAUUUUGAAGGAGCAGGUGGCCCAAGGUCACCACAUUGCUAUGCAUACCUGGUCCCAUGCUGGAUUGACGACAUUGACUAAUCAUGAGAUUGUUGCAGAAAUCCGAUGGUCAGAAAAGAUUAUCCGCGACAUCACUGGCCUGACCAUGAAAUACGUCCGCCCACCCUAUGGUGAUACCGAUAACCGAGUUCGCGAGAUCCUGCGACAAAUGGGCUAUACAACCGUAAUCUGGAGCGCGGGCUGGGACACGAACGACUGGCGCAUGCUCCAGAACCAGAUCCAAGAAUGGGAGAUCGUUGACAAGUUCGACAAGAACCUGGGUUCGCACACCAUCGUCAAGUCCUCGGUUGGUCAACCCGGCGGGCCUAUCUCAUUGGAACACGAUCUUACCAACGCGACUAUCAGCCUGUCCAAGAAACUGAUCCCGAUGGCGAUGGCCAAGGGGUUGAUGCCGAUGAGUCUGGCACAUUGCUGGGAUGAUCAGUCGCCGUACCAACGCGGAUCCAAGCUUGGGCCAGGUGGCGCGAUGGAGAAGUCGAACAACGGUGAUAGUACGAGCGGCAUGGAGGAUCAGGACUAUCACAUUGAUCCUGCGAAGGACUCGACGAAGAGCGAGGGCGUCACUGCCUCGACUGUUGGAGCAGCAGGGGCCUUGCCGGUGUAUUCGAUGGCCCUGGGGCUGACAGCCUUGGCAUCGGCUCUCUUUUUGGGUCUGUAG